AUGACCAAGCAAGUUGGUAAGAAGUUCGCUUGGGUAAUAAAGAACUUUUCCUCUUUGCAAUGUGACAAGUGUUAUUCUGUUCCAGUCCAGAUCGGUGACUGCAAAUGGCGUCUUCUUGCCUAUCCCAAGGGAAACAACUGUGAUCACUUGUCUCUGUUUCUGGAAGUUGCUGAUGUUGAAUCACUGCCUUCUGGAUGGAGAAGAUACGUAAAACUUCGGCUAUCUGUAGUAAAACAGGUUUCAGAAGAACACUCAGUACUGAGAGAAACACAUCGCUGCUUUGAUCAGGAGGUGUGGGGCUGGGGUUUCUUAUAUAUGCUUCCCCUUACCAAACUUCAUGCCGAAGAGGAAGGGUUUCUAGUAAAUGGAGAACUCAUGAUUGUUGCUGAGGUAGAUGCUCUUGAAGUAAUUGACCAAUUAGAUGGGUCAGAGGAAUCUGAAGACCCAACGACCCAACCUCUAAAAAAGAUUAAGCCUAAUGAUGAUGGUACGGUGACUUGUUAUUUGCUUGGAGAUGCUUCACCAGGAAAUGAAAGCAUGAAGGUCAAUGGAUUUCAAGUUCUUCCUUCACAGGUUGAAUCUGUGAGACUUAUAUUUGAAAGACACCCUGACAUUGCAUCAGAGUUCCGUGCAAAGAACCAAUAUCUGAGGAAAGCAUGCAUGAAUUUCCUGCUCAGCAUUGUUGAGACGCUGUGCCAGCCACUGCAAGAGCUCUCCAAUGAAGAUCUGGUGGAAGCAGACAUAGCGCUUACAUACUUGAAAGAUGCGAGAUUUAAUGUGGACUGGUUGGAGAAGAAGCUGGACCAAGUCAGAGAUAAAAAGGAAAAAGAGCUAACUUGUUUGGCCAAGCUCCAAGAAACAGGGGAAACUUUACUGAUCUUGAAGCAAAAGUGUACAGAUCUAGAUGCUCUAAUGGAGACUGAAAUGGCAGAGUUGUCGGCUACGAGAACCCCUCUAUCAUUCGAUGAUGUUGUUUGA